AUGGAGAUUCGAUGCCAAAUCUAUCGUGAGCUACUGGUCUCCGAUGCAGAAUGGAUCCGACCAGUCCCACCAUGGGUCGCAAGGAUGAUACCCAAGUUUCCUAAGGCAACCAUGAUACGACCAUGGCCGCAUCCCAGUAAGUCGCCGGACGAGCACGAACAUGUAUUCGAGUCUACGAUCAUGGACACAAGUCUGUUUCUCGCCUGCAAGCAAAUCUACCAAGAGUCACUUCCGGUCCUGUUGGAGGAGAAUCCUGUGGUCCUGGUGGUCCGAACCGGAGAGACAAUAGAGAACGAGAGGCGAAUCAACUGCGUGCUGAAGUACGCCAGGGUUCUAGCUCUGAAGGUGGAGUUUCUGGGUGCAGAUUUUCUGCGCUGCCAUUACAUUGUUGCUUCAUGGAUAAGGACUCUCCAGAACCGUACCAACAUCCGAACAUUUCGUCUUCGGUUCAUGUAUCGUCGCGAUAAGCUAGUGGACGCGUGGCGGCUAGGCCAGCUCGAGCCUUUUGCAAAGAUCAAAGACGAGCUGAUUAAGAUCAAGGCCUGUGCCGUGGCGACUGUGGAGUGCAACGUCGAUGACUGGUUCAGGAGCCAUUCCUUCGCAAGCGACAACGACCCCGCGGUGAGAAAAGUGAAGGAUCUGGCCUCGUGGUUGGAGAAAGAUCUGGCAGCUGUGAUGAAGAAAGAGGGUUGUUCAUGCUCGAAAAGGGCAGACGGGAGGCACGUUGACAGGGUUGAAAUUGGCAAAGGCGGCGAAGAGCCGGCGACAAUCAGAGCGAAUCUUGCGGAGUGAGGAGCCAGUUCUUUCAAACAUCCAUCCGACCACGUGGAGAAUCAAUUUCUGCAUCGACAUAGCUACGUGUCGCAGAUGUCGUCUUUGUUGAUAUAAAAGGUGCGCAUCGUUCAAAAGUCAUCGUCACCAAGAAUCCCACUGGGACUAAUAGCUUGACUCUAUCGACGACAUGGUAGUCUGAUCUUACACUGGGGAACUUGGAAGAUGAUUUGUGGCCACAAAACAAACUCGAAAUCAAACGAGAUCAGAACAAUCCCGCACAGAUAGAGCAAGAAUAUGAAAGCCAUGGCAACAAAGGAUGGAAGCAUUAAUUGCCUCCGACGCAUAGGUGCUUUUGCAAUCAGUCACGCAGUUUUUGAAUGGAAGGGGCUUUCCUUUAAAGUCACCAAGAUCUGCAUUGAUCUUAAUCUGACUUGCUGCACUCACGUGUCACUCAGUAAAAUGGUUGCAUCCCCCAAUACGCAAGCAACAUCACCAUGGCUAGGUGUAUGAGUGCCAUCAAUUCUCUUAGCGAUCGAAUUGUGUCCUAUAGGAUAGGCGUCGAUUAGGUUUCUAAACCCUCUGAUCGAAGGCAGAGUGUGGAGCCUUGUGUUUGAGCUGCUUCGAGAUCGAAGGAUGCGCUGAGCUUCAACUGUUACGGAGGGAUAAGCUCAUGCUGUCGAAGGAAUCAGGCGUUCAAACGUUGUUUGUAAACACCUUAUGCUCGCCUCCGUCGCACACUAGUGGAAAUGAGCGCACUGUUGUUAAUUGGACUUCUCUGAUAUUUUCGAGCGUAUAAGCCAAGCACUGGUGACAAGCAGCUUCAUCUUUUCCAUGUGUUGGUCACGUUCAUAUCCGGCCUCGAAGGCGGUGGAACUUGAACGACUCUUCUCAAAACAGCCGAUGCCCGACCGUGCUUCGCUUUCUCACGCAGAGGGAAGAAUAUGAUGGCUGCUUGAAAAAAAAAAUCCCCCGAGCUGAAUCACGACUCCAUGAAGCCUCCCAGGAACUAAGACCAGAAGUGGCGUAACCGAGACGCAGGACCAUGGCUGCCUUUACAGGGCUCACUCGUUCUGUGACGAUACGCAGCAGUUUACGCCAACUUGCAAGACUAGAGCAGGAACAGAGCAAUCCUACUGGACACCUAAUUGCGAAUGCAGGGCAGUUCAUCACCGUUUGAAAGUAUCUUUGCGUUCUGGUGAACCCAACCUCUCGCUUUUCAUUUGAGGAUUAGUGCGAUCUUCGUCACGCCGCAGUUGUCUUGCAUAUGUGGAGGCCUACGAAUGGACAACAGCAUCG